AAGAAGCGGAUAGGAAGGGUAGGAAGGGUCGGGGUGCCAGAGAAAGAGAGGGAGAGAGAAUCCUUUCUAUUUACUUUUUUGUUUCCUUGAAUUCUGUCUCUCUCUGUCUCUCUCUGUCUCUCUCUCUCUCCAGUUCGCGACGGCCUCCCUCCCCUUCCCCUUUUCCACUUCCACCCAAUUCUAUUCAUUCCAUUUCAAUUCGCCGGUUGCGAUCGGAGCAAACGCACAGAUUCCUUGAGUUCCUCAACCUACGCUUCGGCUUUCAACUACAUUCGAUUUGGGAUCAUCCUGUUCUCUUUCGAAAAUUGAAUAGCUGAAGGUUGUGGUUUCUAUCGGAGGUUAUCAUCCUGCAAUACAAUACAAUACAAUACAAUACAAUACGAUACAAUAUAAGAGGAAACGGUGAAAGUAAGUACCAACACAACACACCGAGGAUGGACGAGUCAAUUCCAACAAGAUAUUGGUGUCACAUGUGUUCUCAAAUGGUGAAUCCCAUCGUUGACGUGGAAAUUAAAUGCCCUUUCUGCCGUAGUGGCUUUGUUGAAGAGAUGGGAAACGGUGUGUCCAGCGAAAAUAAUGGUAAUAAUAAUAAUAAUAGUAAUAAUGCGCUUGAAUCCGAUUUUGGAUCGGAGCGAGCUUUGUCCCUCUGGGCCCCGAUACUGCUGGGUAUGAUGGGAAAUCCCCGUGGGCGUCGUAGAUUCAGGCAUCUAGAGUUUGACGAAGAUGAUGAUGAUAAUAAUGAUCAGGAGCAUGGGGAUGGGGAGGGGAACCGUGUGAGUAGUGAGCCGACUGAGCUUGAUUCGGUCAUUAGGAGGAGGAGGAGAAGUUCGGCUACCAUUCUACAGUUGCUCCAAGGUAUCAGAGCUGGAAUGGCAACUGGUGAAUCAGAGAAUAGUUACGAGGGAGAGAGGAGCAGAGAAAGAGAAAGAGAAAGAGAAAGAGAACGAGAACGAGAAAGAGAGCGGGUUAUCCUUAUAAAUCCUUUCAACCAGACCAUUGUAGUUCAAGGAGGUGAGAGUCAAAAUCAUAACGCUAUAGGGUCGCUGGGUGAUUAUUUCGUAGGACCUGGUUUGGAUUUGUUAUUGCAACAUCUAGCCGAGAAUGAUCCCAACAGAUAUGGCACUCCACCAGCCCAGAAGGAGGCAGUUGAUGCGCUGCCCACGGUGAGAGUUGAAUGCGGGGAUAAUCGUCUGCAAUGUUCGGUGUGUUUGGAUGAGUUUGAGAUGGAUGAAGAAGCCAAGGAGAUGCCUUGUAAGCAUAAGUUUCAUUCAGGGUGUAUUCUGCCGUGGCUGGAGCUGCAUAGUUCCUGCCCAGUUUGUAGGCAUCAAUUGCCUGCGGAUGAGUCCAAGCGUGAUGCGGAUGGUGGGUCGGCUAGGUUUAUGGGUAGUGGCAGUGGGGAAAUUGAUGGGAGAAACGCAUCUGGGACUGGGAGAAGGUUUUCGUUUCCAUGGCCAUUCAAUGGCUUGUUUUCUUCGCAAGGAAACUCCUCGGGAGGAAGUGAAAGUGAGUCUCAAAGGGAUCACACAUCCAUUUGAAUAUCUGUGUUUGAUAUGCUCUGCUUCGCUUCUGCCCUGCUUGCUUAUGUAUGUGUAUGUAUGUAUGUAUGUAUGUUAUACUUAUACUGUACUAUGCAGAUGUUUUGCCUCCUACUACCCUUAGAACAAUCUGUCUUCUUCUU